UCUUAAUCGUUUUAAAGUGUUUAAAUCAGUCAAACUUAUUUGGAGAAUUGUAUGUAAAGCUGUGCUUAUUUUUACCUUAGUGACAUUACCGAAGGUUGUUUCGUGUGAGUGAAGCGCACGAGUAACAGAGGUGUUCAGUGAAUCAGUUCAUCUUCACACGAGUUCAGUCACUGAAAGUAGCGAUGCAGAGCUUUUCGAAACCUCGAGUCAACUGAAUCAAUUUCAUCGUGAAAUGAUUCAUUGAUUCGAAACGCUCGCUGACGUCACACUGUCGCUCAAAAUACAAACACAGACGUGUCGCAAAUUUUACAAACAAACUGCAAAUGUUUUCAUCAAAGUAUUAAAUCUAACAUAAAUCAGUAAAUGCCAAAUAUACAUCUAAAUACGAAUAUGAACCUUACAUUUGUUUUUGUUUUUUUCUAAAAUAGUGCUGCUGAACUAGGGAACUGAUUGAGAAGCACCCAGAGAUGUAUCUUGCAUUUAUUUUUCUUUCUGUUAAUCAUUCUCUUCUUAAACAGGACAAAGUGAUCAAACAGACAGAAAAACUCUUGGAUUAACUGAGAUCCACGUGACACUAUUAUAAAGAUGGAGUUUAUUAAAGAGGAGAGUGAAGACAUGAAGAUUGAAGAAACAUUCAAACAUGAAGAUACUGAGGAACUAACUGACCUGAUGGCGCUGAAAGAGGAGAGUCAAGAACUGAAUGAAACUGAAGAGAAAGAGCACAAUAAGAAACAGCAUGAUUUCAAACCUGGAGAAAAAUCGAUUGGUUGCUCACAGAAUGAAAACAAUUCAACACCAAAAAAAUCUCAAAAAACGCAAAGUACAACCCUUAAUUCCCAGAUGAGAAUUCACACUGGAGAGAAACAUUUCACCUGCCGAAAGUGUGGAGAAAUUUUCAAUCAAAAAGAAAGCCUUAAAGUCCACAAGAAAAUUCACAUUGAAAAGAAACAGUUCAUAUGCUGUCAGUGUGGAAAGAGUUUUACACGGGAAGGUCACCUUAAUAUCCACAUGAGAAAUCAUACUGGAGAGAAGCCUUACACCUGCAAACUAUGUGGGAAGAAUUUCACACAAAAAGGACAACUUAAGAAUCACAUGACAGUACACACUGGAGAGAAACCAUUCACAUGUAUUCAGUGUGGACAGUAUUUUAGAGAGAAAAAAAACCUUAAGGUCCACAUGAGAAUUCACACUGGAGAGAAGCCUUACACCUGCAAACUAUGCGGGAAGAGUUUCAUACGAAUUGGAGGUUUUAAGAGUCACAUGAGAGUUCAUACAGGUUUCACACCUUACACCUGCAAACAGUGUGGAAAGAGUUUCACACGUCAAGAAACCUUAAAUACUCACAUGAGAGUUCACACUGGAGAGAGACCGUUCAUAUGUGUUCAGUGUGGAAAGAGUUUGAGAUAUAAAGAAGGCCUUAAAUAUCACAUGAGAAUUCAUUCAAGAGAAAACCGUUUUAAAUGUCAUCAGUGCGAAAGGAAUUUCACAGACACAAAUCACCUUGAGGAUCAUGUUAAAAUUCACAUCGGAGAAAAGCCUUUCAUGUGCCAUCACUGUGGAAAGAGUUGCUCAAGAGAAGAUGGCCUCAAGGUUCACUUAAGAGUUCACACAGGAGAGAAACCUUUCACCUGCCCUCAGUGUGGAAGGAGUUUCACGGCAAAAAGGACCCUAAAGAUUCAUGAGAAUUCACACAGGAGAGAGAUUCGCAUUUCUAAACAAACUGAAACCUAAUUUGCAAACUCAUUCUGGUAAGAAAUUGCAGUUUUCCUCAGAGUGACAAGUUUUUUUUUAAAAAAAGGAGCUGAUUUCUUGGAUUACACCCUUCUCAUUUCUUUAGAAAGGUACAGGAACGGUAUUACAUUAAAAGUAAUAUCCCAGUUUUGAAACUUACAAAUCCCCUGAGCGUCUUUGUAUGACAUCUGAACUCAAUUUGAAGGGUCUUGUUUCUAGAUUUGUUGAAUAUUUUAAGGGUUCCUCCUAUCCAACAUUCGAAGAUGUCCUGGGAGAAAGACCUCAGUAUAGAUAUUUCAAGACACUUAGACUGAGGCCCUCCAAGGCAUUAG